UUUAUCUUCAAAGUAUUCUAAAUUUGUGGUUCCUUAUUUCGGCGACGUUACAGUACCAUUUUUUUUCUCCUUGGAUUAAAAUCUUGAUAGCAUUACAAGUGCGAGUUUACAGCGUACAUCCUUUCCCAUCAGACAUGACCUUUCUUUUCUAGAAAUAUACAACUUUAAAUCUAAUUUAAGAUAACAUCAUGUCUGAACCGAACACACGGGCCUGGCCCAGUUAGACUCUGCCUAUAACUUGACCGAGGCGACAUGCUGGGGGGUCAUUUCUGGGCGAGAUCAAGGUCGAGUCGGGUCACCAUGCUGGCGUUAGUUCUACUGUCCAUAUGUGCAGGUAUGUUCAAUCUGGUCAGACGAUUAAACAGUUUCAUUUUGCGUUCAGUUUAUUCUAAAUUUGGUGUCCAUAUAAAUCCCCAUUUUACUCCCCCCCCCCCCCAGGGCCGUGGACCCAUUGAACGAAAAAUGUUCAUUAUCUCUUUCUUUUUUUUGGUUUUUAAAAGGUCUUAUUACAUCAUUUUAAUUAAAGAACUGAUAAAUUUAUUCUAAAUUUGGUGUCCAUAUAAAUCCCCAUUUUUUCCCCCCCCCCCCCCCAGGGCCGUGGACUCAUUGAACGAAAAAUGUUCAAUAUCUCUUUCUUUUUUAUGGUUUUUAAAAGGUCUUAAUACAUCAUUUGAAUUAAAGAACUGAUAAACUAUUCAAGUAUGUGUAGCCUUUAUUAUCUUAUUUAAUUCUCAUCAUUAUUACUAUUAGUAUCAGCAAUGCUAUCAUUAUGUACAUUAACGGCGAAUGUGUAAAGAUGUGAAAAGAUACGUGCACAAAGGCCAGUACUUGGUUGCAGCAACGUAGCGUAUCAGAGCUAACUCAUAUUGUUCUAUUGACACAAUUUGUUCGUGUCUUAUUAAUAUAACUUAUCAGAGUAAGAAUGUGCAAAGACUAACUUUGUAUGGCUUUAUUUUUUUUAUUCAUGAGGUAAUUGGUUAACAUUCAUAUAAAAAAUAAAAAAUCUUUACAAACUAGCUAAGGGUUUUAUUGGAGAUUAAAGCACACAUUGUUAAGUCAAAGUGCAAAUAGUCCCCGACUUUGCUCUUUUUUUUGGCGGAUGCAGCAAGGUGGAUGAUCUCUUCUUUGAGAAUGCAUUUGAAGCUUAUGCUUACACUGACACCAACAUGGCUGAAAUGUAUUCAGAAUGGAAGUUUUAAAAAAAAUCUUAUGAAAUGACACGAUUAAAGAAAAUGGCUUAGGGUUUAUUCAAAUGAGAAGAGAAAAUUUGCCAAAGACGCUACAACUGAUGCACGGACGGUUCAUCUUAGUAAACUUAAGCCUUGGGAUGAGUAAGACAAAGAGAAUUUCUGCGAUCUUUGUGACCAUCCCAUUUUUAGCUAGGAUCGAACGUUUUCCCACAGAGUUUGAGAUCCCGCGCAUGGCGCUGUUGUCAACCUUGUAUGUCAAUUCAGAUCAAAUCUACAUUAUUUUGUUUUUGCUUAUACAGCCGCCUCUGCCCUCCCCUCCUCCAACUCCACCCAUGGCUUCUCCACCGCUCGCCUGACCAAGGAGGACUACCUCUACCUCAGGACCAUCCCCAGAACUAAAGCCACGUCCCCCAUCCCCGGGUUCCACUACAUCUACGUCGACAGCACCGGGGCCGCCUCUUGGAACGCCAACCCGUCCAUCUACCAGGUCGAGAUCGCCGGCUCCCCGUACACGUCCCAGGCCGCCCUCCAGGCCGCGGCCGGCUACGUGGCCAAGAUGACCAGGAACAUGCCGCUCACCAUCUUUGCUUCUCUGUGCACCAAGUCGUCUCUGGGGAUUUUCACCGCCCGCGAGAAGCUGAUCGUGUACCCAGAGUACGCCUACAUGGCUAACGGGAACUGCGGCACUUCGUGUUCGGGUGAGUAUCGUAUGCUUCAAAGCCCUCUGCACCGUCGUUUUCGUUAUUGGUGUGUAUAGCGGCGACUAUGCGUACACGGGUCCCUUUAGACUAAAUCCCAUUCGGAUGUCAUUUUUUUGGCUGUUUAUUUUAGUUAAACUGAAGGAGUAAGUUUACAAACAUACGGUCCAUUCAAUUAUAUUUCAUUCGAUACCUCAUUUUGUCGUACAAACACAACAAUAAUAUUUUAAAUAGUUUGUUUAAUCCCAACAUCUCACGUCUGAAAGCCGGGUGUGAAUAGAAACGUCGUAAAAGAAUUUAGAAAGUACUUUUAAAAAAAAAGAAACCAUUAUAUUAGCAAUGAUUAAUAGAAUUAUGAGAUUAAAAUCUUAGUGGCACUAUUUAAUAGAAACUCACCUUGACUUGACGACUAAAUUAUUCUCAUAGAAACUCACCUUGACCUGACGACUAAAUUGGUCUCAUGGGGGCUAACCUUAAACACGUGACUAAUUCGUUUUGCAUUUCCCACAAGGCUCCUGCCAGCAGACGUGCACCUUUGACGGCCGGAAGUACCAAGACAUCGCCGGGGUCGGAGGUCAGCGGGCGGUCAUCCUCGACGACAACGUCCUGUGCACCCCCAACGACCCGUACAACAACCGGGAGAACAUCCUGGCCCACGAGUUCACCCACACCAUCCACCAGUUCGCCCUCUCCAACCAGGACCGCGCCAACAUCCUCGCCGCGUACAACAACGCCAAGUACUACCAGACGUGGACGCUCUCCUCCUACGCCAUGUCCAACGAGAUGGAGUACUUCGCCGAGGCGGCGACCGUGUUCUUCGGCGUCAACAGCUACAGCAACCUCAACACCGGCGGCAUGAACGUCUGCGGCGCGCAGUACUGCAACGGCGAGAUGGCCGGGAGGAGCAGGCUCCAGAGCCACGACCCGUCCCUCUUCAACAUCCUGUCCUACGUGUUCACCAACAGCCGUCCGCAACUGACCAGUGGUCUGACCGUGUGUCCGUCAUCACUGGUGGUAGGUUAAAUUAUCGCAGACAUGUUUUUUUUUUUUUUUGUGUAUACUUGGGAGACUGUUUUUAAAUUUGUGUCUUAAUUUUUGGUUGGUAGUUUAAUAAAAUUUUUUUUAAGUAUCUUUUUCAUUGUUUGAAAUAAUUUUUAAUAAGAAAAAAUAUUUGGGUAGGUUAAAUUAUCGCAGACAUGUUUUUUUUUUUUUUGUGUAUACUUGGGAGACUGUUU